AUGGCUGAUGUACUUCGAUCUUCGACUGCAAGAUGUCCGCCCCUCCGGCAGGCCCGAGGGACGGUACUUAAUACUAUAAUGGAGGAUACACGCGAAUCUCACUUCGCUCAGAGCCCCAAAGUCUCCCCUCCGCCCAAACGGACCACAUUCAGCCCUCAGCUGAAGCUCAAGACCAGCGGGCUAUCAGUACCAACGCAUGCCCGUCUCGCCCGUCUAAUGUCUCCGCUAUCCGCCGGUACGACUUCAUCAUGUUCAGAUACAGAAUGGCAAUCCCAGCUGCAAGGAUACCCGGGAUACGACGAUAUGUACGAUGCCACCGAUGACGACAGUAUUGAUGACAAUGAGACCGAAAUAAGCGAUUCGUGCUUUUCCCCCGAUACGCGGCCGUCAAGCCUGGUGACACCAAUCACUAGGAACUCGGUGACGUCGACUGGAAGCCGGAAGCAAUAUCUGACACUGGAGAUUCCCUCGCCCACGACAUGGCCGUCGAUGACAGGAACUCACAAGAGCUCACCAGUGCCCCCGACGCCUCCGCCUAAGAUUCCAGUCUCCCCAGCAGCGUUGUCGAUGCUCAGCCGCGCUGUACCGGCUUCAUAUGCACCCCCUUCCCUUGACGGAAGCAUUUCGUCCGAUCAAGAAUCAAUCAUCAGUGCUCUGGCUACGCCGGACUCUCACUCUCUUCCCGACACCAACUGGGAUGCGCAUGACAUUCAUGUCCGCGCCAACCUGGACGGGAAUGACAGUGAUCUCGACAAUGUGGAUACCAGCUCUGAUAUCCAAACUGUGCCCAUAGCCAUCGAGAGCACAGAGCAGGACUGGCGCCAUGUGCUGGGGAGUUUCCCUCAAAUCCCCACAGCUGCACGACCUUACUCCCCCUCGCCCGAGCCCUCACUCCAUCUCAGUGAUGAGCCAAUCCAUGAGUAUGAUGAUUUAUACGAUGCUCCGGAGCCCGUAGAUCGAGGCGUCUAUCUGCCUGACUCGGCUCUGGCCAUGUUGCAUCAUAUUCAACUGGAUGGAACCCCCGACUCGUGGUCGGAGACCUCGGAGGGAAAUGGCGAGAUGUGGCAGCUUCAAGCGCCCCCAAGUCGCCCAAAGAGUGCUGACGGUGUGACUCCUGCUUCGGAGCUGUCUGGUUACAGCUUCAGUGACCUCAGCAUUCCAUCGCCUGGUGGCUUCUUUGCCUCGCUUGCUCCCCGUACUCGCCACACCUGGUCCAUCCCCAACGCGAAUCACCCACCAUCAUCCGCAGCCGCAGAGGGUUUCUACAACCUGCCAUGGCGCCGCGAUGAAGGAGAGAUCGUCGAGCAGGUGGUUGAAUGGCCCCAGCGCCCAGUUGAUGAGGACCCGGUUACAGCUGUCCGCGACGAAGAAGGCCCUCUUACCGCCAUUCGUCUGUGCGAGACCCCAACUCGUCGGUCAAUCUAUCAAGACAGCCCGAUGAGCGCUGCAUUUGAUGCUGUUCAGGUACAGGAGAUCCCCCGUUCUGGAAACGGUUACGAGUACGACGAGUGCUACGAUCAAGAGCUACAACACCGGGCCGUCGCAAGCCAUGACCGCACCAGUGUCUGGCUCGCUGCGCAAGCUUCUUACCUCUCUGCGCUCAAUGAAACCAACCCGGUGAAUGACGUCGAGCCUAUUGAGACAUCUGAGCCAGAGGUGACCGAGCCCGAGCCUCAAGAUGCUACAGAGACUUCCAAAAAGGUGGUCCGGUUCGCUGAAGGCAUCCCCGAAGCUGCCAGUCCUCUGCCGCCCAUCCUUGCUAGCAUGGAUUCAAUUUACUGGCAGGGCUUCCAGUCUCUUCGGGAGCGCUCUAGCAAGACCGACGGGUUCAUGCACCGUAACAUGCGGUAUGACGCGGUCCAAUCCAUGCGCCUUGGUAUGAGCAACCUUCACAUAAACUGUCUGCUUGGCAAGUAUGAGCUUGUUCGUCCAGAGCGUCCUGCAUACAAGGGCCCAUUUGCCAAAGCUCCUCGCAACUCCGUGAUCACAUUGGAACUGGCCGAAAAGGCUCAAUUUGCCAAGCUAGAGAAAGAGCAGCUGGUCCUCGCUCAACUCUGCCAGCCUAUGUGGGCCAUGGAUGCCCUCCGAUCGCUCAAUGGCGGCAAGCUACUUACCAGUCCCGCCCAGCGAAUCCUUGCUCGCACAACCCGCAAGCCCAGCCUGACCCAAGGACCCCACAAGCGCAGCUUCCGGGUCUUGGAUCUCGGUGGUCACACCUCAUGUGACUGGGCAUGGCAAGUGGCCCAUGAGUUCCCGAAUGUCAAGGUUUACACCGUUGCUCUUAAGGGCCAGGUCGUCAACAGUGCCAUCAAGGGCCCGCCCAAUCAUCGCCAAGUGACCGUCGACUCCCUCUGGGAACUGCCUUUCGGCAAGAACCAAUUCGACGUCAUUUCAGCGCGCUCGUUGCACGCCCUCCUCAAGACUGAGCGUCCUAUUGGCCGGGAUCGCGAUGAGUACGACCUGGUUCUGAAGGAAUGCAUGCGUUGCCUGAAGCCCGGUGGCUAUCUUGAAUUCCAAGUCCUCGACGCGGAGAUCUCCCGCGGAGGACCAUCCGCCACUGCCACCUCUGUCGAGUUUGCCUUUAGCCUGCGCACUCGCGGCUAUGAUCCUGUCGCCUCGAAGAGCUUCCUCACUCGUCUCCGCCACGCUGGCUUUGGCGAGACACAACGGGGCUGGAUGUUCCUUCCCAUGGGCACAGAGCCCGUUGAGCAAGAGCCGCCUCGCGAGACUCCAGCUCCGCGGGUGCAGAGCCAGAUUGAGGAUUACGAGGCUGUCCACGGGCCGGUUGGUAGCACUGCGGACAUUGCCAGCAUGACUGGUCUGAUUGGUGGGUGGAUGUGGGAGCAGUGGUUGCUGAAGCUGAGGAUGGAGAUGGGGCGCGAGAGGCCCAUGUUGCUGGAGGGAGUUGGUGCGUUGUUUGACGAGGGGAGGAAGAGUGGGGCGGGCUGGACCUGUUUGUCUGGAUGGGCUAUGAAGCCGAAGCGUCACAGUGUUCGUUCUUCGGCUUCCCUCUAA